AAAAAUCUGUGUCUGAAGAAUUAGAUAUUUACGGUAACUAAAUCUUCUUUUCGCUCACUAUAUGUUUGCGUUAUGCGGUCAUUAUCUUUGUCCUUCUCUGCACUAAUUUCUCCUCUAUAUUCUCUGUUUUCUUCAAUUUCUCAGCUGUAGGUUGUUUCAGCCAUGGUGAGUGCAAAUGUUGCUCGGAAUGUCGUCGGUAUUAUCGGGAAUGUCAUCUCCUUCGGCCUCUUCCUCUCCCCAGUUCCAACAUUUUACCGUAUCAUUAAGAAGAAGGAUGUGGAGGAGUUUCAGCCAUUUCCUUACCUGGCUACUGUUCUGAACUGCCUCUUCUUUACGUUAUAUGGACUUCCCAUCGUUGUUAAGAAUAACAUCCUUAUCGCCACCAUCAACGCAGUUGGUCUUGCAAUCGAGUUAAUCUACUUGAGUAUCUUCUAUCUUUACUCUGGGAAAAAGAUGCGGAUUAGGGUCUCGCUUAUCCUUCUGGGUGAAGCUGUUUUGAUGGCUGUAGUUGUUGUGAUCACCAUGUUUGCUUUGAAGUUCAAGCAUAGGACUGUGUUUGUUGGAAUUAUGUGCGAUAUCAUCAGCAUUAUUAUGUAUGCUUCACCUCUUGCUAUCUGGAAGAAGGUUAUUACGACUAAGAGUGUGGAGUUCAUGCCAUUCUAUCUCUCCUUGGCCAGCUUUUCCAAUGGCUGCGAACCCGUCGGUGAGCUUUACAGGUUUCCAACGGGAACCUGUCGGUGAGCUUUACAGGUUUUCAACGGGAACUCGUCGGUGAGCUUCGCCCUUGCCUACUGAGACCCCCCUUUCCCCUUUCAUUUUCGUCUGUCGAGACCCCCCUUCCCCUUUCAUUUUCGUCUGUCGAGACCCCCCUUCCCCUUUCAUUCUCGUCUGCCAAGACCCCCCCAUCCCCUUUCAUUU